UCAGUUUGAGGUACUUACAGAAUCAAUAUGAGAGGGGAACCGUAUGUUCUCCCCCCGUCUAUCACUCCAUAUUCAUCCCGUACAUUUACGCAGUCACGAGCACUCCCGCCACCGGUUAGGACGCUGCUACUGACACGUCUUCAGAGCCACGUGCGUCACCACACUCACGUCAAUCGGCCCCAGCCUGACUCAAUUUCAGUUGGGGCUUGACGACAUGGUUAUUUCUGACUCUUCUUCAGAACGACUCGACAUCACUCAUAGGCAGAGGAUCACCUGCGUCUGACUCAUCUUCAGUGGGGUCCUCUGCGUAUGCUGUUCUGACUCUUCUUCAGCGCAACAGCAUACAUUUAGCCUCAGUUUCAGUAUCACACUUUCCUCCAUCACGCCUUUUCGGUCGGUCACAUUCAUGUGUAAUUAAUCUUUCCCUUAAAUAUCCACAGCUGGAAGCCAUUACCGUGCGGUCAGUACUCCCGGUGUUGGAAGCUUUUCAGGAAAUUCAGCAGGUUGCCAGCAGCAUGUCUCAGCCAGCGGAUAUCGAGGAGGCACUCUCGGUUCCUGAGACUCCUGCCAGGGCCUCGGACCGAGGCAGCUUGCCCUCGUACAGGUCCUGGACCAUCCCCAGGCUAAUGGAAGAGUUGAGAAGGAGGGGUGUCCCCUUUCCGGCCUCAGCUAGGAAGGGCGAGUUAUUCAACUUGCUGAAUGCUGACCAAGCCCCCCGGGGUAGCCAGGCUGCGGCCCAGGAUCAAGUUUCAAGCGCCUCCUUGUCUCAGCUUCACACGAUGAUGACUGAGGUGCUUACGACGGUGUCAGGUUUCAAGGCUAGGCUAGACCUAAUGGAACUCUCCAGGAGCGACGUAGCAGUCCCGACCGCAGCGUCGCCCACGGCUUCUACCUCUCAGGCCACGCCUUCAGGUAUGCCACAUCCUCCACCGAUCAUCACGCCCGCACAUUUCAUCCCGGCAGCCAUAAAAAAGGACAUCCUUGAGGGAAAAGAGGUCAACCUCGCCUCUCUGCUAAUUGCCACCACGGACGUACAUGAUACCAAAACCGUUGCCUGCGGGGAGCUGGCGGUCACGUUCAAAAGCAAGGACGCUAGGCUCAGCAGGAAGUUGAGUGUCACUGAGUUUGUGCUGGCAUUUGGACUAUUCAGGGACGUACUCUGUUCAGUCAGCCCUGGCCGCAGGGAGGAGUUGGACCUGUACUUACACAGGGUUGUGCAGAUGGCGUACAAGUACGGGGGCACCACGUUCUACGAGUACCACAAGUCUUUUUCUGCAAAAGUAGCAGCCGCAUACGCGCAGUUCGGCUACGUCACCAACUGGGGGUCCAUAGACACGGAGCUAUACUGCGAACAUUUCGCGGGUCUGAAAGCCCCCUCCUGCACCGCAUGCGGGGUGACCACGCAUUCCUCCAGCUGGUGUCCGCAGGUCAGCAACCCAGGGGAACCCAGCACCAGUAGGAGCCUGAACGCCUUCACCCCUCCAGCUCCAAGGAACGUGGCCGCCCUAGAUAGGCUCGGUAGACCAGUGAGGUACCUGGGCAAGACCCAGAUCUGCAAUAACUUCAAUCUUUCCUCCUGCGUGUACAGCAAUUGCAGACUACUACACGUGUGUUUCAUUUGUUUCAGGGCUCACCCCAGCUCUAUCUGCUCCCAGAAGGGCCCUCAGGCAUGACUAGGCGUGGUACAGGUCCAGGUCCUCGCACAGGUCCUAGCUGGUCAUCCUGAGCCCGACUGGGUGAGAUGGCUGGUGGCGGGUUUCUGCGAUGGGUUCCACACAGGUUUGGUCGCUUUGCCGCAAAGCACGCAUGAAUGUGGUAACCUGUCGUCAGCCCUUUCCGAGCCAGAGAUCGUGUCCGGGCUAAUCCAGCAGGAACUGGCAAAAGGUUUCAUGAUAGGUCCCUUUGAUGUUCCCCCUUUUCCAUGUUGGAGAGUCAGCCCUCUGGGGCUUGCCACAGGCAAAUUUUCCAAUAAAAGAAGAUUAAUCUAUGACCUCUCAGCACCUUAUUCCUCCAUCAUU